GGAAUCAAGGAUUGUACAGCACAUGGGCCUCCAUCGGAGGAAACAAGAAGAAUGUUGCAAACGUCAGAAAAUCCUAUUCCACAUCAUGAAGAAAGUCGUAUUCCUCACCCGGAUACGAUAAGUUUGAAAAAGUCAUCAACAUUAAAUGGCCUGAUUGACAGGUUUAUCUGGUUAAACGAGAGGAGGCCAACCCAGCGUGCCACACCUCAGAAGCCCCGAGAGGAGAUUGGAGUGGAGAAAUCCAGAACAGCACAGAGACCUAUUGAAAGCAGGAGAGGGCUCGUCGCAGUACAUAACUCCAUCGAGUCCAUUUUGAAUUUCAAAACCAAUCCGAACUUGGAAGAAACGAAAGUCACUCUGCGAGGUAAUGUAUUUCCCAGAGUUCUUCGUGAUCGAGACAAGAUACUACAUGGAAAGGGGGAAUCGGUCUCGAAAAAGUUAUCAAUACCAAAUAAAUAUUGGGAGACUUUUCAACGAGAAAAAAAAUACCGUGAUUUAAUACCGCGCCCUAAAAGACAGGAAGCUGCCGCAAAUUUUCCUGGAAGAAAACGCACAUUAGAUUCUUCGGAAGAAACUUCCACGAUCUUAGGACGAAAAACCCUGUCGUACUCCGAGCCUACAUACAGACCGAGCACUGGCACCCAUUCAGGUGAAAAAUUGUAUACUGACCCACGGCGGCUAGUGUCGAUCCUAGGCGACCCGUUACCGUAUAAAAGAAGUAACAUUGCCAAUCAAAAGGCGCGUUCUGUGAGGUCUAAAAGGGUCCAGGUGAGCAGAAAGGAACGUAAAAGGAAGGCGCAUAGAAAAAAGCACUUCAAAAAACCCUUUUUGCAUAGCUGGCGCUUAGAAAGCUCAGAUUGGAACAAACAAGACAUGGACGAGUUUUAUUCCCAGGAUUUUGAUUCCAAUUAUUUGGAUGGAGAAUUAACCAGGAGAGAUAAAAGUGAACAUAAAAUGUUAGAGCGUCUCUUAGAUGACUCCUCGCCGUCUUUCGGGACAAGAGAUGAGAAACUCGAGGAAGAGUCUACAAUAAAACAGAUUGAGGACCUGAGUAGGCAGAGUACAGCUCUGUCUAAAGAAUACGACUUCACAGAUCUACCGUCACAAUUCGCCAACAUGGAGGUCUCUGAAGGAGACUUACCUUGGUAUGAUCAAAUCAAUGAUGGUGGAGUAAAUGUUCGAAAAUCGCGAGUUACGCGAAGGAAAGAUAAAAAGCACCACCAUACGAGGGCAAACUUGCGAUCUGAGAAGCGUUUUACCCAGAAACGAGGAAAGAGAGAAAACUCUGCUAGAUUUGCACUCAGAUCCCACCGAUACUCGCGUCGGAAUUUGAAAGGAAAUUUUCCCAUUAAGUUAGAGACUAGGUCUAGUUAUCACCAGGCCACCUCAUUAUCUCUUCCCAGGCAACGGCGAGACAAACGUUCUUUUCAUCAUCAUCGUUAUUAUCACCAUCACUUAUGGCCACCAUCAGCUCUGCAAGUGAGAAUGUUCCCUUAUUAUGAUUAUCCCUAUGCGAUGGAUAACAGUGAGUCAGGUUUUACACAUUUUCACAGAUUCCCCACCUUACAACGAUAUCCUAGCCUGCAGCGUUGGCCAGAAUCCCCAAUGUCAUCGAUGGCAGAGCGUUUCAUUCCUUUCCCACGUUUACCAAAGAUAAGUGAAUUCUCACCAGAUCCGCUGGAAAGACUAGAACGAUUACCACCCCCUACACCAAUCCCACCGGCCAUAAUGGACCAAGAAGAAGCUGGGACUCGAGAGGACGAACCCAUUGACGAGUUAACUCCCUUACCCGAGCCUAUUCCUGAGCCGGAACCGCCUCCGAUACCUGAGCUUGCCUCUAUAAAAGAGAUCCCCCCCAUUUCAGAGCCUCAGGAAAAAGCUCCUGAUAAUCUGGACCCUAAGAAGACGUUUGAUACCGGAGAAAGCAAUGGCGGUGUCAAAAAGAGCACUUCUCGUCAAUAA